AUUCAUGAAAUAUAUUUAUUGUAUACAGGCUUUAAUACAUUGCAGGAAAUUUUAACCUACACGGGUAUCCCGUUACAUCAAAUAUAAUAUAAUAUAAUAUAAGACGUGCUUAAGAUUUAAUAUUUGGAUCUGUUCUGAUGGUAACAGUAACACUGGUACAUACACAAUCACGCUAUUAAUUUCGUAUCAUGUACAGAGACUUUUAUUCUGAAAUAAAAUUCUUCUCACCGCCGCCAUCUUGGAGCAGCUGUCUUCCCUCCCUGUCUCUCUCUCUGUCUCUCUAUCUCUUCAUACGCCCCUUUUCUUGUUGACGGCAUCAACUGGAAGCCGCGCGAUCAAAUUAUCGUUGGCCGCUGAAUAUUAGAGCAAAAUUGUGGGCGAUUUAAGCAUAAAACAGACUCGGCUAAGCGGUUAGCAGCUGGCUAAAAACAUGCAGAAGUAUGAAAAAUUAGAGAAGAUCGGAGAGGGUACGUACGGCACAGUGUUUAAGGCUAAAAACAGAGAGACGCAUGAGAUCGUGGCUCUGAAGCGGGUCCGACUGGACGAUGAUGACGAGGGGGUUCCCAGCUCAGCCUUGAGAGAAAUCUGCCUCCUGAAAGAGCUGAAGCAUAAAAACAUCGUGAGGCUACACGACGUGCUGCACAGCGAUAAAAAGCUGACGUUAGUGUUCGAAUAUUGCGACCAGGACCUGAAGAAAUACUUUGACAGCUGCAACGGCGACCUGGAUCCUGAGAUCGUCAAGUCGUUCAUGUACCAGCUGCUGAAAGGACUCGCCUUCUGCCACAGCCGCAACGUUCUUCACCGGGACCUCAAGCCACAAAAUCUACUCAUCAACAGGAACGGCGAACUGAAGUUGGCCGACUUCGGUUUGGCCCGAGCGUUUGGAAUUCCCGUACGAUGUUACUCAGCCGAGGUGGUGACGCUGUGGUACAGGCCACCAGACGUGCUGUUCGGCGCCAAGCUCUACUCCACCUCCAUCGACAUGUGGUCAGCUGGAUGCAUAUUUGCAGAACUGGCCAACGCCGGCCGGCCGCUGUUCCCCGGAAACGACGUAGACGACCAACUGAAACGGAUCUUUAGGUUAUUGGGCACACCAACAGAGGAACAGUGGCAGACCAUGACCAAACUCCCCGAUUAUAAGCCCUAUCCGAUGUACCCUGCAACUACGUCGCUCGUGAACGUCGUGCCUAAACUCAGCAGCACGGGACGGGAUUUACUACAGAACCUUCUGAAAUGCAACCCAGUGCAGCGGAUAUCCGCGGAGGAAGCGCUACAACACCCGUACUUCGCCGAUUUCUGUCCGCCCUAGUGGUCAGAGCUAGGUCGAGUGUCGAGCCUCAUUUCUCAAAAUGGACCAACGUGGUCGUACCUCACACACCCCAUCAAAAUGUUCUCGUGUCACCCUCAAACCUCCCUCCCUCCCUUCGACAUUUCCUGUUUAGACACAACAGCACCAAUCAUGCAGCCGGGUAAACUCCACUCCGCCGACUUCAAUCUGUUUUGUAAAGUAAACCUGACACCUAUGAAACGGUUUUUAUUAUUAUUAUUUAAUUCUUAUUUGCACUCACUAAACAGACGGUAAGGGUGUGGAGUGUUUGCUAGUUGAUCCUGCUCAGUGUUUAGUAGCGUGUAAGUUCUUACCGACUGUAUUCGAAGGAGCUUUGGGUUUUGACUAGAGAGUCAGUUUGAUCAACGUCUUUGUUUUAAUCUGACCGUUCACAUUAUCAUCAUCUUGUUUGGGGUUUUAUUAUAUACAUUUUUUUUUAUUUUAAACAGUUGUUUCCUCGGUGUUGCACAACUGCAGAGGUGCCAACAUUUACAGCUUAGCUGUAGCAGUAAUGGUUAUGAAAUUCACUGAAGGGGAAAGGACGCAGGACGUUUAAAAAAAGAACAAAAAAAAACGUGCACUUUCUUCGGGUAGCGCUUACUUUCAGUUUGUCCCAACUUUAUCUAGGUGAAGCCGCGAACCUCGGCUUUGCAAGCUAGCGAGCAGGUUGGAGUAAGUAAAAAAAUAAAGAAACGAUCAAGUAGCAUCACAGGACGACUUCUUUACUCGCAGUUUUCUUGGUUAAAAAAAAAGUUACAUAGUAUUUGUUUAUUUCUCCUCUCUCUGCCUGCUAGUAAGCCGUGUUGGCACCUCUGUGUAAGAACACGUCUCUCGUUUAGAGAAUGUAGAUGCAAAUCUGCGUAAAUAUUUCAUGCGAUUUGGUUAAAGUUCCAGGUUGAUGUACUUAAUUGUGUUGUUCCUAUUUAUGAGGCGACCGUUGUUGUUGUUUUCCCCCCAGUCAAGGAAAUGAUCGUUAUAUGAUCUGUAUUUAAAGCCUCCAUUAAAGUCUGUAUAACGUGUGUGUGUGGCGGCUUGGGAAACCCCAUCAGGUAUCUCUGCAGGCCAAAAUUGUGUGAACAUAUUUCAAGAAACUAAACGUGGUUUCCUUACAUGAUGAACAUCACGAUUUGAUCAAGUCCAAUCGCUUCAGUUUGUAAUCAGAUACAGGGCUGGAGGUUUCCCAGGCUGCCCCAGCGUUAGAAAGGUAAAGACGGUAGGAAAGCUCGGCAAAAGAAAUCUAAUCGUAAAUACUGAAUUCAUACUACACUGAUCUUUUUUUUGGGGCUUGUAAACUGAACUAGAAUGCACAUAUUUAUUUAUAUAUGAAUGUUUUAGUAGAUUUUUUUUUUUUUUUUUUUUUUAAGAUACAGCAAAAGAGGGUUACUGUGGAGUGAACAUUUCCCGGUUUAUUUCAGACGUUUUACGUUUUCUUUCUUCCUUCAAAAUGGUGUGAAUGACGGUUGAGUAGAUGAGGGGUGGAACAAGACGAGCAAAAAGAAUUAGACGUAUGAAUGCUUCAAAGAGAAGGGUUUUAGUUUUUUGGGGUGUCGUUAGCAAUAUACCAUUCUUCUAAUAGUACUAAACAUGUACUACCAAAACGUCUUAAAUUUGCCAGGAAAUGAGCACACCACAGAUGUUUUUAACCCUGUAGCACACAAUAAGCUUGGGUUUGUUGUAGUUGUUGUUGUUGUUGUUAUCAUCCAUUGGGCACUCUGCUGUACGUGUGGUUUAUGAUGUAAGAAUUUUUCACAAUGAUUAAAUACGUUAUCAGUUCAUUUAAUUAGACUGAUCUAUAACAGUG